AUGGUUGCUAUCUUACGGAGAAUAUUUGGGAUCAUUUUCAGUGUGAAAUUCAUAAUGGGAACCUUAGGAAAUGGAUUCAUUGCUCUGAUGAACAUCAUAGACUGGGUCAAAGGAAGAAAGAUUUCUUCAGUAGAUCAAAUCCUCACUGCUCUGGCUAUUUCCAGAAUCACUCUGAUUUGGUUGGUAUUCAUAGAUUGGUGGGUCUUUGUGUUUUACCCAUCAUUACAAAUGACUGGAAAACUAUUAAGUACAUAUUUUAUCUCUUGGACAGUGAUGAAUCAUUGUAACUUUUGGCUUACUACAAGCCUAAGCAUCUUUUAUUUUCUUAAAAUAGGCAACUUUUCUAACUUUUUUUUUCUUUACUUAAAGUUUAGAGUUAAAAAUGUGGUCUUGAUAACCUUGUUAGUGUCUCUAUUUAUCCUGUUCUUAAAUAUUGUACUUGUAAUAAUAUACUCUGAUAUGUGUGUUGAUGAUGAUCAACGAAACGUAUCUCACACUACCAGACUGAGUGAGUAUGCACAAAUUUGCAAACUUCUUUCAUUUACCAACCCCAUGUUUUUACUUGUACCCUUUGUUAUGGCCCUGGCAACUUUUCUUUUUCUCAUCUUCUCUCUGUGGAGACAUCUGAAGAGCAUGCAGCACACCGCCAAAACCCACAUCAGAGCCUUGCAAACUGUCAUUGUUUCUGUACUGUUUUACACUAUUUUCUUUCUGUCAUUUUUUUUUGUGGUGAAAGUUUGGAGUUCUGGGUCACAGGAAAGAUUCCUGAUCUUUUUGUCUGUCUGGGCUCUGGGAAAUGCUGUUCUUUCUGCUCAUCCAUUUGUUCUGAUUUGGGGAAACAGUAGGUUGAUGUGGGCUUCACUUUGA